AUGGGUGCAACAAAAAAGGAAUGGACCAGAGAGGAGGUCGCAGUCCGCAUUCUUGCAGGCGAAACGCUAGUCGUCUACAACAACCAAUUGCUGCGUAUUCCCCAAGCAUGGUUAAACACGCAUCCAGGUGGCUCCCUCGCAAUUCUUCAUUUCGUAGGACGCGACGCCACUGACGAGAUAGACGCGUAUCACUGUGACCAGACUCUUGCAAAAUUAAAGUCUUAUGUCAUUGGCACAGUGGAAACCUCGAGUGGUAUUUGGGAACCUCUUGUACCCCCGAUCAUGACUGGUUGGGUCCGGAAAUUGACUUGUGAUGGAAAAACCGCAUGGCAUAACGAAGCCACUCCACUACCACCUUCGAAUCUCUCCUCCGAGAUUCUCCUGGUCGAGCGUAACUCUUGCCUCCUUGAGACUUCAGGUCCCACUCUAUCUCAUUUGGUUCCCCCUCCAACAACGCUUUCCUUGAAAGACCAAGCUCGGCAUUCUGCUGCGUACAAGACGUUGCAUAAUCGUAUCAUCGACGCCGGUCUUUAUAACACGCGUUAUAUCACUGGUUAUGGCCCAGAGGUUGCGCGCUAUCUUCUCCUCGCUGCGUCAUCCGCAGUAGCUUACUCCCAUGACUGGCUCAUUACAAGUGCUGUGUGCCUCGGCCUUCUAUGGCACCAGCUCGUAUUCACCGUCCACGAUUUAGGACACAUGGGUGUCACUCAUGAUUGGACCAAAGAUCGCCUCAUUGCCAUUUUAUUAGCUGAUUUCAUCGGUGGUUUGAGUGUCGGUUGGUGGGUUGACAAUCAUAACGUGCAUCAUUUGGUCACGAAUCACCCUUCGCAUGAUCCUGAUAUCGAGCAUCUACCAUUCCUCGCAGUCUCAACGGCGUUUUUUGACUCCUUAUGGUCGUCGUAUUACAAGCGAACCAUGGUCUUCAAUCGAGUUUCCGCUUUCUUAAUCUCAUUUCAACAUAAGCUCUUCUACAUAUUACUUGGUUUAGGCCGCUUCAAUCUAUAUGCCAAUGCAUAUACAUUCUUGUGGCGCAAAGCCUUCGAUCAUCGAAGAGCAAAGGGUGGCCGGUGGUCCUGGUGGCUCGAAAUCAUCGGCGUACUCUUCUUUUGGUGCUGGUUUGGAGCAGUCCUGAAGGGAUGUGGAUCGUGGAGCAGAGCCAUCACAUAUCUUAUGGUCUCGCACGUCGUCACAAGUCCUCUCCAUGUCCAGAUUGUUUUAUCACAUUUCUCCAUGUCUACGGAGGAUUUGGGGCCGGUGGAAUCGUUCCCGCACCGCCAGCUUCGAACUACAACAGACGUCAUAUGUCCCCCUCACCUUUCAUUCAUGCAUGGCGGAUUGCAUCUCCAGGUGACUCAUCACCUCUUCCCGCGUCUCCCACGACACAACUUGCGCGAGGCCAGCGUCCUGGUAAAGGAAUUUGCCAAGGAACAAGACCUUGUGUAUGCCGAAUUCGGAUUUAUUAGCGGAAAUGGAGAAGUGCUGGACGUGCUCAAAGGUGUGGCGGAUCAAGCAAAGAUUGUGGGUAUGGUCGCCGAUCGCGAGAUUCGGGAGGCGAUGGAGAAGAAGGUGCGAUAA